UCAAUCUUUUCCAUAAACGGUCCGUUUGUUAGCCAUAAAAUCUUUUAAAAAUUGAAAUUGUAAACUAAACCCUUAAAAUUAUUUUCUUCAAUGUAUCAAGAUCGCAACUGAGUUUAUACUAAGAUGUCAAAAUUCGACUACCCCAGACUGUCCCGAGCAGAAAUAGCAACAAUAUUAGCAGAAUCUCAAAUCGCCGCCGUAACCGAAAACGAUAUAAAAAACCCUAACCCGGAUUUCAUAUCGGAUAUUUAUACCAGACUUCUUAUCCACCUUGAUCUUCUCAAUGAAGAAGGUCAAGGGCAAGUGGAGUUUGCUGCACUAGAGCAGCUUGAGAAUCCAGAUCAUCAUGUGGAUUCUGUUAGGAUUAUGACCAUGUUUAUUAGGAUAAGGGAGAUGGUUAGUUUGGUUGGUUGUCCAUUGAAAUUCACUCUGAAAGAUCUUUUGAGACCCCAAGGAGAUAGGACAGAAUUGUAUCUUAGUGCAAUCCUCAAUUUUUGUCUUCAUAAAGACACCAAAAUGAAUCUACUAAGAUCAAUAGGGGAGGAACUAACACUUCUUGAUGAGCAGCGAAAAGAAUGGGAGGAUAAGAUUUCACAGUUGAAUGCCGAGAUUGCUGAAUAUAAUGUAGCAAGGGAGAUGGAGCUGCCAUUUGUUCAAGAGGUAGAUGCCAAGGUUAAAGAGUUGCGUCAGACAGUCUCGGAACUCAACAAUCACCAGAUGUCACUCAGAGCUUCUUCCCGGAAGUUGAAGGAGAAAGCUGGGGAACUAGAUGGGGAGAUUUCAAAGGCUGAGUUUGACCUGGUGCAAAGUGUCCAAGAAAAUGCAAACUUGCGAUCAAAAAUUGUUCAGUCGCCUGAUAAAUUGCAGAGGGCUUUGGAGGAGAAGAAAUCAGUUUGGGAAGAAGUGAAGAAUGCUGAGAGAUUAGCAAUGCAAUCUUUUCAGGAGAAGACUGCCAUUCUAGAGGUCUAUUCUAAGACUCUCAGAAAAAUUUCAAAGCAUUUCAAUCAGAUGCAGGAAAUACAUGAAGAGGUAAAUUCUGCGAAAUCCAUUGAAAAAGACUACAAGGAGCUAAAAGCUAAGCUAAGUAAUGAGGGCAUGUUGGACAAGAAACUUGAUGCCAAAUUGGUCGAACGACAAGCAAAAGCACAACAAUUAGAUGAGUUAAGAAAGGUGUUGGAGAAAGAAAAGGAUUUAAAGUGCGAGGAUGCGGCUAGAGAAUUUAAUAACGUUAAGUCAGAGGUGGAAUCUAGGAGGGUUGAUCUGGAAGCAAGGCAAAGGAAGGUUGAAGUUAUAGUGUCAGAGGUUGAUGCCAUUACGUUAAAAACAAAUAUGGUAAAAGAAUCUGGAGCUGCUAAAGUGCAAGAGUUAGUUUACAAAUGUGAACAGAUUGCGGAACAGUUUGAACAGUACAGGAACUCUAUGGGGCUCGUGAUGCAGGGCGCUGGCAGUCAGGACGUAAUUAGCGCAGUUCUGUGAGUUUUCUUGAUAGUAUGGAAGUUAUAAUAAUCAAUACGGUUUAAGCCUUUCUUGUAUGUUAAAACUGGGGCUAUGUUGCAUUUUCUAGCAUUCAUGUCUGCAUAUAUUCAUGUUUGUUGAUGUAAACUAAUACCCAACAGCAGUUUCUUAAAUUCAAAGGUUUUGACGCCUCUAGUUGAAAAUUA